AUGGCCACCGCCGGUCGGACAUAUAACGAUGCCGUCGACGCAUUGAACACACUGCAGACGCCCUUCGCCGUCAUCGAGGCGAGGCGUAAGGCCGGCAUUCGACCCGACGAGGCUUCGGUCAAGGAGAUGCGCGCAUACCUCGCGCGCGUUGGGUACUCGAUCCCCGACCUCGACGGCCUCAACGUCAUUCACGUCGCCGGCACCAAGGGCAAGGGCAGCACGUGUGCCUUCACCGACUCGAUCCUCGCGCGGCAUCGAGCCGCGUCCCCGUCGUCCGUCCCGCGCAAGGUCGGCUUGCUCAUCUCGCCGCACCUGAUCGCCGUGCGCGAGCGCAUCCGCAUCAACGGCGCGCCUCUCUCUGAGACGCUCUUCGCGCGCUACUUCUUCGAGGUCUGGGACCGCCUGGGCGAGAGCCGGGCCGAGGAGGACGCCGUGGCGCUGGGCACGCGGCCGAUCUACUCGCGAUACCUGACCCUCGUGGCCUUGCACGCCUUCGUGCGGGAGGGGUGCGACUUGGCGAUCCUCGAGACGGGCAUUGGCGGCGAGUAUGACGCGACCAAUGUUGUGGCGCGGCCCGUGGCGACGGGCAUUACGACGCUGGGCAUCGACCACGUCUUCGCGCUCGGCGACACGGUCGGCAAGAUCGCGUGGCACAAGGCGGGCAUCAUGAAGCGCGGGAGCAAGGCUUUUUCUGUCGAGCAGGUGCCGGAGGCGCAGGACGUGCUGGAGGCCAGGGCGCGGGAGAAGGGCGUCGAGAUGGAGACUGUGGUCGUCGACCCGCGGCUCGAGGGCGUCAAGAUCCGGCCGGACGCAACAUUCCAGAAGAGAAACGCGAGCCUAGCCAUCCGGCUCGCCGAGGCGGCGCUUGAGAGGGUCGACCCGGACGGGUUCCGGCGUGGCGACGCUGCCGAGAAACUGCCAAAGGCCUUUGUCGAAGGGCUGGAGCAGGUUGUCUGGCGUGGGCGGUGCGAGGUCAAGGACGAGGGCCGGGUCGUGUGGCACGUCGACGGCGCGCACACUACGGACAGCCUGCGAGUGGCGGCGCGGUGGUUCGCCGACGAGACGGCGGCAAAGGGCAGAAGGGGGCCGAGGGCGCUGGUGUUCAACCAGCAAGGUCGGACCGAGGCCAUCGAUUUCCUGGACGGUGUGUACGAGGGGGUCAAGAGAGGGGAUGGGAGCGGCGCGUUCGACACGGUCGUGUUCUGCACGAAUGUCACGUAUGCCCAGACCGGGUACAAGCGAGACUUUGUCAAUCACCAGUACGACGCCAAGGCCAUCGAGGCCAUGACGGUGCAGCGGCAGUUCGCGGAGCGGUGGGCGAAGCUAGACCCGGCGGCCGACGUGCGCGUCGUGCCGACUAUCGAGGAGGCGUUGGACCUCGUCCGCGGUAUCGGCGAGGGCGUCGCCGAGGGCGAGAGCGUGCAGGCCCUCGUGACGGGGAGCCUGCACCUCGUGGGCGGCGCGCUAGGGAUCCUCGAGGGUGCGGACGCCUUGUAA